ACACAAACAAAACAUAUUGAGAUACUAAAGAAGAAGCUAAACAAGAAGAAUCAAAAGAAGAAAACUUAAAGUUUGAGAGAUGGAGCACAGAAAGUCAUAUGUGCUUGUCGCUCUCUUCGCAUUACUCCUUUUGACCGACAUCGUCAUUGCUGAGAGCGAUGGCGGCAAAGGUAAUAACGGCAACGGCCAAGUAGACAAGGGCAAAGGAGGAGAUGAUGAUGACAAGGGAAAAGGUAAUGGCAACGGUUACGGUCCAAAGGACAAAGAAAAGAAGGACAAGGACAAGAAGGACAAAGAUGAUAAAGAAAAGAAAGACAAGGACAAGAAGGAAAAGGAGAAGAAGGAGAAGGACGAAAAGGUGAAGAAGGAUAAGGAGAGGAAGGAGAAAGAAAAGAAGGAAAAAGAGAGGAAGGAGAAAGAGAAGAGGGACAAGGAGCAGAGUGAAGCAGCUGCUAGAUACAGGAUGCUUUCACCGUUGCCUACAGGACAAGAACAGGCCAUGUGCCAGGGUCAGGGUGCAUGUUAUUACAAGACUCUUGCUUGUCCUGCUGAAUGUCCCAAGAGGAAACCCACCAAGAACAAAAACACUAAAGGUUGCUUCAUUGACUGCACCAGCAAAUGUGAAGCUACAUGCAAAUGGAGAAAACCGAACUGUAACGGCUACGGUUCUCUAUGCUACGACCCUAGAUUCGUUGGAGGAGACGGAAGGAUGUUCUAUUUCCAUGGAUCCAAAGGAGGAAACUUUGCCAUAGUUUCAGACAACAACCUCCAGAUCAAUGCUCACUUCAUCGGUACAAGACCCGUUGGAAGAACAAGAGACUUCACAUGGGUUCAAGCCCUAAACGUCAUGUUCGAGAGUCACAAGCUCGUGAUCACAGCCAAUAAAGUAACUCAAUGGGAUGAAACUUCUGACGCCUUUACCAUCAGAUUCAACGAAGAACUCAUCACACUACCUGAAGACGAACAAUCCGAAUGGAAGGUGAACUCAGGACAAAGAGAGAUUGUCAUCGAAAGAACAGACGAGAGGAACAGCGUGAGAGUACUUGUCUCUGGUCUUGUUCAGAUGGAUAUUAAGGUUAGACCAAUAGGGAAGGAAGAAGACAGAGUUCACAACUAUCAGUUGCCGAAAGAUGAUGCUUUUGCACAUCUUGAGACUCAGUUCAAAUUCUUAGACCUAAGCGAGCUCGUUGAGGGUGUUUUGGGGAAAACCUACCGUCCUGAUUACGUUAGCACGGCCAAGACUGGUGUCCCAAUGCCUGUGAUGGGAGGAGAAGACAAGUAUCAAACGCCUUCUCUUUUCUCGCCUACGUGCAGACUCUGCAGGUUUAAGCCUCAAGAAAAACCACUCUCUGCUGAUAUCUAAUGAGAAGAAGAAUAAGUAUGGCAACUUCUAUCAUUUUUAUUUAAAGUUCAUGAAAAAUUCGUAUUUUAUCUGUUUUGUCUAUUCUAUAUUCAUGUAAAAGUAAUGUAAUAAGAGCCAAGAAGAUAAGUACUUGGCUCGUUUUCUGAUGUUUUUGAGGGUUUAAGAAAUGUAAGACGUUUCUUGCGCCAGAAGCAAACCCUUGAUUUCUUAACUUUCUCUUGUUGCAUUGAUGUGUGUUUGAAUACGAAUAUGUUUAAAUAAUAAGGUAUAAAUAAUUAGAUCGUG